UGCCGCUUUGAUUUCGGCAUGGGCUACAUGAUGUGCACUGCGUACAGCACCUACGAUCCUUGCAAGCAGCUGUGGUGCAGCCACCCCGAGAACCCUUUCUUCUGCAAGACCAAGAAGGGCCCUCCUAUCGAUGGGACCAAGUGUGCAGCAGGAAAGCAAUGUUUUAAGGGUCACUGUAUCAAGCUUACGCCAGACAUUCUCAGGCAGGACGGCCACUGGGGUCAGUGGACCAAGUUUGGUUCCUGUUCUCGUACCUGUGGUGGUGGAGUACAGUUCCGCACUCGUGAGUGUAACAACCCAAGUCCAGCCAACGGGGGACGCACUUGUUAUGGAAACAACUAUGAGUUCCAGCUCUGCAACAUGGAAGAGUGUGCAAAGGCCCUAGCUGACUUUAGAGAGGAGCAGUGCGAGAUGUGGAACCCUCACUUUGAGCAUGAGGGCACCAAACACCAUUGGCUGCCCUACGAGCAUCCUGAACCUGAAGAAAGAUGUCAACUGUACUGCCAGUCUAAAGAGACAGGAGACGUGAUAUCCAUGAAAAGAAUGGUGCAUGAUGGCACACGUUGUUCCUACAAAGACCCUUACAGCGUGUGUGUGCGUGGGGAAUGUGAGAAAGUGGGCUGUGACAAUGUUAUAGCCUCGGAGCUAGAGGACGAUAAGUGUGGCGUGUGUGGAGGAGACAAUGCCACGUGCAAGAUUGUCAAAGGAAAUUUCACCCGCAGCACGAGGAAACCAGGUUUUCUGAAGAUCCUGGAGAUUCCUAGAGGAGCACGCCACAUACAGAUCCAUGAAUUCAAAGGAACUCCACAUGUUAUAGUGGUGAAGAACCAGGCCACAGAUCAUAUCUUUCUGAAUGACGAGGGUGAUUUUCCUGAGUCACGUACAGUAAUUGAAAAAGGUGUGGCGUGGGAGUACACUAACAAUGAUGACAUGGAGACGGUCCAGACCAACGGACCACUCAAAUAUGGAGUCCUCAUUAUGGUCCAGUCUCAGAGCAUUUCUAAAGUCACGCUUUCAUACAAAUACAUCCUGCCAGAAGAUCCGCUCUCUUCAAUGGAGAACUCCCUGCCUCAGGACGACACAGUUUACUUCGAGUGGGCUCUCAGAAAGUGGUCGCAUUGCUCCAAGCCAUGUGGCGGAGGAAAACAGUACACACGUUUUGGGUGCCGAAGGAAGUCGGAUGGCAAAAUGGUACACCGUACACUCUGUGCUAACAUACCCAAACCUCGCGCCAUCAGUCGAGCUUGCAACCAGAAGGAGUGCUCAGAACCAAUCUGGGUGACAGGAGAAUGGGAGGAGUGCAGUAAAUCAUGUGGAAAAACUGGUUCUCAGACCCGACCCGUGCACUGUGUGAGACCUGAACUGGACGGUUCAUACAAAGCCGUCAAUGCUAAGCACUGCAAUGACGACCGGCCUGAAGGGCGACGACCCUGUAAUCGUCACCUAUGCCCUGCACAUUGGAGAACUGGACCUUGGUCUCAAUGCUCAGUGACCUGUGGUAAUGGGACUCAGGAGCGGCAAGUCCUGUGCAGCACCCCUGAUAAUGCCAUCGGCAUCUGCAUGGACACCAAGCCUGAGAGCAUCAGAUCAUGUCCACUUGCUCCGUGUCCAAAUGACAGAGGGAACUUCCUCAUCCAGUGGCUCUCCAGAGCAAACCCCGAGUUCCCAGCUCCGAAGAUCUCCUCAAGAUCCCGCUGUAAAGGAGACAGGUCUGUGUUCUGUCGGAUGGAGGUUCUCAGUAAGUACUGCUCCAAUCCGGGCUACUGGCAGAUGUGCUGCAAGUCCUGCAAAGAGGGCAACUACACCUCUGAAUUCAACCUGACGAGACCCAGGAUGUACACUCCCAUAACUCCCACUGCAACAGCUCCUGUUCUCACAACACUGCUAUACAGGACCUCACAGAAGCCUGGAACCACCAUCACACCAUCAUUCAGCAGAUGGAGAAACAUCACCACUGAGCCCACAUCUUGGGGCUACACAACCACCGUGAACCCAAUAACCCUAAAACCAGGAACCACAGUCCCUUUUACCAUUGGUUCUGUCACUGUGCACACUAAACAUCCCAGCAUACUUGACUACGAAGAGGAAACCAGCACACCCUUCUACGAGGACGAAGCCUGGAGCGAUAUCUCAACCGAACACUUCUCAGAAUCCGAAUCAUCAGAGUUUGCAGAGCCUUGGCCAACCACUCCACAAUAUACAAGCACACUUGAGAAUAAAAACAUCGGGACAACGUUUCUGACAAGGCUACAGCUUAAUGUCACUGCAACAAGCCCUCCUGCCAUAAUCAAUCUCCAUCGGUCAGAAGACAAGAAGGAGAAUAACUCCAUCGACGUGUCCUACAGGAUUGCCAGUCCAAACGAAGUCAUGCUCAACCACUUUGUCCCCAGAAAGCGAGCGCCGUUCCGUGAGAAAACAAAUAAUAAAAGAAUUCAAGAACUCCUUGCAGAGAAAAGACAAGACUUCCUGCUUCAAAGACUGAAACGUAAACCAGGAGACUGAUGCAUUUCCUUUUCUUUAUCCCUGUGGUAUUUUGUAAGUAUAUUUUUCAGUGGUCUUACGGCCUCAACACUCUUUCUUGGCACUUGCAAUCAUUCAAGAGGAAAUAACCUCAGUUCUCAAUCUUUCAUGUAGUAGCUCUUCAAUGCAACUAACCAGAAUGAAAAAUUACCCUAGUCGAGGCUUUUUUUUUUUUUUUUUUUUUUGAGGAUGACAUCUUUCCAGGGGUUUACCACAUUUGGCUACUUUAUUGGGGUGAAUACAGGGGCGCAUUAAGCUUCUGUUGUGAAGAUCUGACAGUUUAACCUUAAGCCAGGCACAUACUGUAUGAUUUUUCCAGUCCUCUACAAUUUUUGUACAUGAUCCCAAUGAGAUCUUAGGUAUGUCACAAUGUCACAGCACAUUGUGUGAUGUCAGCAGUCAGACUGUAUGAUACACAUCCAGGAUUUUGAUUCCAGUGUUGCUGCUGACAGCAUACGAGUGAUCACUCGAGAUGGUCUGGUUUGUUGGUUUUAGUUUAGUUUUGGUCAUCUGGUGAGGCUGGCAGAUCAGCUAAACCAGCUGAAUAUCAUAUUGACCAGACUGAGAGACCAGCUUAAAUUAAAUGUAAAAAAAAAAAAAAAAUUAAUGAUUUUUUUUUUUAGCAGGUCUAAUGUUUUUUUCUUUUUUUUCAACAAUAGAAUGAUUUUUCAACAUCUGGUUUAUCUUGUCCAAACUUUUCAAGUAAACUUGGUUUAAAUCUUUAUUACAUUAGCGUAUAAAUAUAUCAAGGUAACUGCCCAAGAAGUUGUGGUCACAUUAGCCAAAUUUCAGCUAAUAUAGUGUAGCGCUGUGUGAAGCAUAGGUCACACAAAAGUCACUUUCAAACCAAGUAGCUUUCUGUUGAUCAGUGUGGUGAAUCCAGCUAGAGAAAUCCCCAUUUGGGAAAUCUUUCACCACUACAUGGAAUUCCGGAUUGCCUUGAUUGGAUUUCUGUUGAAAUGACUGGAUUUCACCCGUGAAAAUUUGCAACAACAAUGGUAUUUGACUGCAUCUUAAAUGUGACUGCACCUCAACUCUAGAUAUUACAAAACUUAUGUUGAAAAAUAAUGUGUUCAGAAAUAUUCUCCUAAAUGAACAAAUGUAAAUCAGCUAGAUGCAGCAUAAUGUAAUGGAAAAUAGUUCUCGCUUAAGCAAUAUGCUGAAUAAACAGCAAGAUGCAUCGCACCAGGCAAAUAUGUCGCAGUGUUUACAUGGGGAAAAAACUACACGGACGCUAGUGUGAACAACCCAUUAGGAUGACUGCUGUAGGAUUGCUGACAUUUUGGAACUAAAUAUUAAUUCUGUAACCACAUGACUAUUUCUAGCUAAAAAGCAGUCUUCUUUCUUAAUAAAUGUGCAGAUCUGAAUCCCUUCGUAAAUGUUGUAAAUAUGAACUAGAAUUUAUUUUUGUAUUUAUUGAAGUACAUGUCCUUUCUUCCACAGCCGUUGUUUUUUUUUUUUUUUAGA